CCCAAACGAUAGGUGGCAGCACGGCGAGAUGACAAGUGACGCGACAACAACAAUAAAUGGGAAACGACGAAUUAGCAAAACAAGCUAUGCGAGGUUAUUUUCUAGUGACUGGCUGGCGUUCCAACAUGCACAGUUUGGUGGUCCAAGCUCUUGCCAUGAGGCAGCUAGGAAGGCUGAACCCGCGCCAUCUACUGGCUGCUGGUUAUGGACCGGCACAGACUGAAUGGUGUCCCAGGACCAUCCAUACACGCCAGCUGUGGGGCUGCUCCGCCUACCCCACACUGGGCGGCCACCGGCCAGCUCUCUGCAGCAGGGAUGCCAUCAGGAGUCUGUCGGUCCAUCAGCUGAGGUUCAAAAGCAACAGGAAGAAAGGUGCUGCUAAGCCAACGGAUGAAGAGGAAGAGGAAGAAAAAGACCUUGAGAGCAGCGAUUCUGAGGAUGAGGUGGAUGAGGACCCAAAUGUUCCAAAAGACUAUAAAGACAUUGAGAAAUAUGUGCAGUCCUUUCGUUAUGAUGUCAUUUUAAGAGCUGGCUUGGACAUGGCGCGCAAUAAAAUUGAAGAUAGCUUCUACAGCAACAAGCUCAGACUAAAUGGACAAAAGCUUAUCAAGAAAAGUAAAACGGUGAGAGUUGGGGACACUUUGGACCUGGUGAUGUCAGAGAACCAAGAUACCAACACUGUUACUUUCAUGAGAGUUGUCCUGAAAAAGGUUUUGGGUGAAUCCAGUAAUGCAGAAAAGUACAAAGUUUCUAUAAGGCGCUGGAAGUUAAUAGCGCUUCCCAAGGAUGAGGCCUUUAAGCCUUGAAGUCAAAUAUGACCGUUCUGACUGCAAUACCGUUGGCCAGUUAAGGCACGACAAGGACAAAACGGGUAGAGGCAACUGAGAUGAUGAACUCUUCUGGUUUCUAGACAUGAAAAAAAAAUGACGACUUUGCAUUUUCCUGCAAACCAAUAAAUGUGCACUUUGAUGAA